AUGCUUCCACGACUAUCGUUGCCGCGAGUGGAGAUCCUCGUCGAGUUCGACAAGUCCCUGCUGGACUGCCCCCUCUGCUCCCUGCCCCUCAAGCCUCCCGUCUUCCUGUGCCCGGCGAAGCACGCGGCGUGCGGCCCCUGCGCCGCGAACCUGGCCAGCAAGUGCCCGGCGUGCGGCCCCUGCGCCGCGAACCUGGCCAGCAAGUGCCCGGCGUGCGACGGCGCGUACGAGCGCGACGAGGGGGCGUACGGCUACCUCCUGGCGGUCAGGGUGCCCUGCCCCAACCAGGCGUACGGCUGCCGGAGCUCCGUGGUGUACUGCAUGGCGGGCGACCACCGUCUGGUGUGCCCGCACAAGACGUGCCGCUGCCCGGAGCCCGGAUGCGGCUUCCUCGCCACCCCGCCCGCGCUCCGCGUCCACCUCGCCGAGCGCCACGCGUGGCCCGUGACAAACAUCGCGUACGGCUCCGUGCUGGAGGUUCAGAUGCAGCCCGCGGAGCAGGGGCAGCGGCUGCUGGCCGCGGAGGACGGGGAGCGGCUGUUCCUGCUCGUGGCGAGCGAGCGCGGCGUCAAGGUGGUGCGCGUGACCGCGGCCGCGGAGGAGGAUGGGCCGGCGGCGUCGUGGUACAGGUGCAAGGUGUGGGUGCACGCGCCCGUGGACAUGGACACCGGCCACAUGGACGUCCUGAUGCUGGACGCCAAGGUGGAGAGCUGCGCGGUGCCCUCCGAGGAGGCGGCCAUGGGCGCCGGUGGCAGGUACCUGCCGGUGCCGUCGGACAUGCAGCCGCCGGAAGGAGGAGAGGUCGUCGUCCGUCUCCGCAUCGACAAGGAGGUCAGGGUCAGGGCGAGCAGGAGCCCCCGUUCCCGUGCCUGAUUGGCUUGCCAGCUUCGUUCUU